UUCGUCCAUUUCGGUAGGGUUUCAGUCGGCCGUUUUUGCUUUGCGUGCUCCUCUCUUUACGACCUCUGGCGAUCGAGUUGCAUAGUUGUGAAGGACUAAAGACACAAUGUCUCAUCGCAAAUUUGAGCAUCCGCGUCAUGGUUCUCUUGGGUUCCUUCCUAGAAAAAGAGCCUCCCGUCACAGAGGAAAAGUGAAGUCAUUCCCAAAGGAUGACCCAAGCAAGCUGCCCGGGCUAACUGCCUUUGUAGCAUACAAGUCUGGGAUGACUCACAUAGUCCGGGAGGUUGAUAAGCCUGGAUCCAAGCUUCAUAAGAAGGAGACUUGUGAAGCAGUGACAAUCAUUGAAGCACCCCCAAUGGUUGUAGUUGGCGUUGUUGCUUAUGUGAAGACUCCCCGUGGCCUCCGGUCAUUGAACACUGUUUGGGCUCAGCAUCUUAGUGAGGAAGUGAAAAGGAGAUUUUACAAAAACUGGUCCAAGUCAAAGAAGAAGGCGUUUGUUAAGUACUCAAAGAAGUAUGAAACUGAGGAAGGCAAAAAAGAAAUCCAGGCACAGCUGGAGAAGAUGAAGAAGUAUGCCUCUGUAAUUCGUGUUUUGGCUCACACACAGAUUAGAAAACUAAAAGGGUUGAAGCAGAAGAAGGCUCACCUGAUGGAGAUCCAGGUUAAUGGAGGAGAUAUUGCUGCAAAGGUUGACUAUGCUUACAAAUUCUUUGAGAAACAGAUUCCUGUGGAUGCUGUCUUUCAGAAGGAUGAGAUGAUUGACAUCAUAGGAGUCACAAAGGGUAAGGGCUAUGAGGGCGUGGUUACUCGUUGGGGUGUCACUCGUCUCCCUCGGAAGACCCAUCGUGGCCUGCGCAAGGUGGCUUGUAUUGGUGCAUGGCACCCAGCUAGGGUCUCAUACACAGUUGCCAGGGCUGGCCAGAAUGGUUACCACCAUCGUACCGAGAUGAAUAAGAAGAUAUAUAAGCUUGGAAAGGCUGGUGAGGAGUCUCACUUGGCAACCACAGAGUUUGACAGGACUGAGAAGGGGAUAACACCAAUGGGAGGGUUUCCACAUUAUGGAGUGGUCAAGGAUGAUUACCUUCUGAUCAAGGGAUGCUGUGUUGGUCCUAAGAAGAGGGUAGUGACCCUGAGGCAGUCGUUGCUGAAGCAGACAUCACGAGUCGCAAUGGAAGAGAUCAAGCUCAAGUUCGUCGACACGUCUUCCAAGUUCGGGCAUGGCCGCUUCCAGACCACCGAAGAGAAGGAAAAGUUUUACGGAAAGCUCAAAGCUUGAAGACACAGAAUGUUGCUUGAAACGUCAGAUGAACAGUUCAUCCAUAGAAUUGUGGAUCUCCACAUCAGUUUCUUGAUGAAUUUGCUGGAGUUUGAUUCUAUUCAAAGUAGUUCUUUUGUGUUUGGUCAAGUUUCUAUUGCUUUAUCAAAUCUUUGAUGUUUUGAAUUGU